UAUUAAGAAGGGGUUAUAUAUUGGUUCAGUCUAGAGGAAGAAGAGAAAUUUAACCAACAUUGAUUAACAAGCAGUUUGCUUUGAUAUAUCAGUGUGUGGCUCACAGCUCAGCUAAUCAUUUAUAAGGCAGAGAUUGAGAAUUUGGAGGAUCAGUGUCUGGACUUGUCAUAGGAUAACAAAGACUUGGGUAGAACUCAGCAUUGUAAGUCCCUUGGAGAAUUGCAUUUAUUGAAGUAUGAUUUGACCUCAGUCUUUUGGUCUGCCUUCGAAUUAGCUCUACAAAUCUUGCUUUACUGCUUUGAAGGUUUAAGGUAAGAUGUUCCACUUACAAGGCCCACAAGUGCUGCAAAUGCUAGAGAAAUCAUUGAGGAAGAGCCUCCCAGAGUCCUUAAAGGUUUAUGGGACUGUCUUCCACAUGAACCAAAGAAACCCAUUCAAGCUAACUGCCCUGGUGGACAAGUGGCCUGACUUUACAACAGUGGUUAUCCGACCUCAGGAGGAGGAAAUGACAGAUGAUUUUGAUUACUACACCAACACCUACCAAAUCUAUUCUAAGAAUCCCCCAAACUGUCAAGAAUUCCUUGGCGCGUCGGGUGUCAUCAACUGGAAACAACGUUUGCAGAUCCAAAGUUCACAGUCCAGCCUGAACGAAGUGAUACAAAAUCUUGCAGCUGUUAAACUGGUCAAGGUCGAGCAACAACAAGGCAUUAUGUACAUGUUGCCCGAGAGAGCAAGUAAACUGCUCCCUUCCUUGCUGGAGGCAAAGAACUUACCUCUUAAAUCUGGCAGACGCAAAGUCAUUGCACUUAUCACUAUCCAAAACCAGCUUAUUUGUGAAUUUACUGACGUCUCUGUUGUUGGAUUCCUCCCUUGCAAUGAUUCAAACUCCACAAGAGCAGAGGACAUUCUUCAUGGUGGUCACCACAACCAAGAGAUGUUUCAACUCUCCUCCCUGGACGUUACCCAUGCUCCGUUGGUGAAUAAAUUCUGGCAUUUUGGGGGCAAUGAGAGGAGCCAGACGUUCAUUGAGCGCUGCAUCCAGACCUUCCCCACCUUCUGCCUGCUGGGGCCUGAGGGGACCCCUGUGUCCUGGAGCCUGAUGGACCAGACAGGCGAGAUACGGAUGGGGGGUACUGUGCCUGAGCACCGGGGCAAGGGUCUCAUCUCCUAUCUCAUGGAUGUUCACAUCCAUGCUCUGGACAAACUUGACUACCCUAGCUAUUACCAUACAGCUUUAACCAACAAAAUCAUACAGAAAAUGAGUCACAGUCUGAAUCAUAUCACCUUGCCCUGUAACUGGAACCAGUGGCACUGUGUGCCACUGUGAAGCAAUUCUGAGCACAAGACCGAGUUGGGUGGGCUGAUGUGGCAGGAGAAGUGGUUGGGCGGACAGGGAGAAAGAACAAAUUGUAAUCAGCAGUAAAGUGAUAUGUGUUGUCUGGGCUCUGAGAAGCAGUAUAAAUGGUCAACAGAACCACCACAGUCCUUGUUCUCAAACCAUUCAUGUAGUUCCCCUUUGGGUCUGGAAGAUCUGGCAUGGCCAGACCUUCCUGCGGCAGACUCCGGUCUUGUUCAGUUUCCUACACUUCUGGAUCUCAGUGAUACUCUUUUCAGCUACAUUCUGUCCUCCUGCUUCUCCUGGAUCUCCUAUCUUACAAGCGAGGUAUUGCUAAUAAGCAUAUCCUGCCACUUUUGCCAAGAUGUGACAUUACUUAAGGGUAGUAGAAUUUUCUUCUCUCAUGCCUUUACCCUCCUGAUCCCUGCCCUACCCUCAACUAGCUUCACUGAGGUAUAAUUCACAAAUAACACUGUAAUGUAAAGUGUAAAAAGUGGUGAUCACACACACACACACACACACACACACGUUAUGAAAGACCUCCCAUAACCAAGUUGAUUAAAAUUACCUGACCAUAUAUACAUGGGUUUAUUUCUGGGCUCUCUAUUCUGUUCCAGUAAUUUAUGUGUCUGUGUCUAUGCUGAUAUCAAACUCUUUUGAUUAUUAUAGUUUUGUAACAUAGUUAAAAGUCAGGAAGUAUAACGACUCCUGCCUUGUUUUUAUUUCCCAACAUCUUUUUGGUAUUUGGGGUCUCUUAUGGUUCCAUACAAAUUUUAAGAUUAUUUUUUCUAUUUCUAUCAGAAUUUUGGUAAGGAUUGCCCUAAUAAGGACUGCUUUUGGUGGAAUGGACAUCUGCACAAUAAUAAUUUUUCAGUCCAUGAACACAGAAUCUUUUUCCAUUUAUGUGCAUCUUCUUACACUUCUUUCAUUAAUGUUUUCUAGUUUUCAGUGUACAGAUCUUUGACCUUCUUGAUUAAAACUAUUCCUAAGCAUUUUUUUUCUUUUUGUUGCUAUUAUAAUUGGGACUUUCUUAAUUUCUCUUCCUCACAAUUGUUAGAGUCUCGAAAUACAGCUCAUUUUUGUAUCCUGACUUUGUAUUCUGCAACUCUACUGAUUUGCUUCUUAGUUUUAGUAGGAUUUUGUGGGGGGAGUGGAAUCUUUAAGGUUUUCUAUACAUACGAUGAUAUCAUCGGUAGAUACGACUUCAUUUCCUCCUUUCUUACCCGGAUGACUUUUAUCUCUUUUCCCAACCCGCAGUGCUAUGUUGAAGAUAAGUGGCAAGAGUAGACAUCUCUGUCUUUUUUCUAAUAUUAGAGGAAUAGUUUUCAGCUUUUCACCAUUGAGUAUGAUGUUAGCUGUGGGCUAAUAUACAGGGAUAAAAUCCACUUGCUACUGGUGUAUGAUCCUCCUAAUAUGUUGCUGAAUGUGGCGUCCUUGAGGAGUUUUGCAUCUUCUUAUUGUAUCCUUGUCUAACUUUAGUAUCAGGAUAACGCUGACCGUAUAAAAUGAGUUUGGAGGUGUAUCCCCCUCUUUAAUUUUUUGAAAGAUUUGAGAAAGGUUUGCAUUAAUUCUUUGAAUGGUUGGUGGAAUUCACCAAUGAAGUCCUCUGGUCCUGAGCUUUUAUUUGUUGGGAUUCAGCUUUCUUACUAGUAUUUGGUUUGAUCAAAUUUUAUAGUUCUUUAUGAUUUAGUUUUUACAGGUUGCAUGUUUCUAAGAAUUCAACAGUUUCUUCUAGGUUAUCCAAUUUGUUAGUUAAUAACUGUUCAUGGUGGUCUCAUGAUUCUUUUCAUUUUUGUGUCAUUAUUGUAAUCUCCCUUCUUUUCUGUCUUCUCUUAUUCAUUUGAGUCUUUUCUCUUUUUUUCUUAGUAGGUCUAACUAAAGGUUAAUCAAUUUUGUUUAUCUUUUUAAAAAAAGACCCUUAGUCUCAUUUAUCUUUUCCAUUAUUUUUCUAGUCUCAUUUUACCUAUUUAUGCUCUGGUAGUUACUUUCUUCUUUUUACUAAUUUUAUGCUUAUUUCUUCUUUUUUUAGUUUUUUGAGGUGUGAGAUGAGAUUGAGAUCUUUCUCUUGAGAUACUCAUUUAUCAUCAUAAACUUUUCUCUUUGACUUGUUUUUGCUGCAUUGUAUGUUUUGGUAUAUAGUGUUUCCUUUUUCAUUUGUCUGAAAAAAUUUUUAAUUAAAAAGAAUUUUUGACUCAC